CGCUAAUUCAAACUGUUGAGUUUUACAUAAAUAAACUAAAAAAUGAAGCAAGUGCAUAAGAACGAUCUCAUUAGCUAUAGUGUACUCAUAGUAGUAAUAUUCUUCAUUGUCAAGUCAUCGACAGAAGAGUUUUCCUAUCUGAGUAUCGAGUACUGGCCAAUAAUAUUUCCACAAUGUGGUGGACAACGUCAAUCACCUAUUACCUGGACUUAUCAGGAUUUGAUUGCAGGCGAUUCCAACGAUGAUUUAUCACUAUUUAACUAUGGCAAAAAACCAUUGAGUGCUAGAUUAUUAAACGAUGGUCAUACAAUAAAAGUGUUAUUCGAAUGGAAUGAAAAUGAAACACCUUUUUUUAGUGGUGGAAUUUUGGGAGAUAAUGAAUAUGUAGUUGAUUCAAUGAACUUUCAUUGGAAUCGUUAUAGACCAGAAGGUGCUGAGCAUUGUUUUACCGAUAAUUGUAGUCCAAUGGAGAUGCAACUUAUUCAUUAUAAUCGUAACUAUGGCAGUUUCAAUAAUUCCUUAAAUUUUACUGAUGGUUUAGUUAUAUACUCAGCUGCAAUCGAUUACAGUUUUCCGAAAGCACCUAGAUCAGCACCUCUAAGUUAUAUUUUCAAAAACGUAGAAUUAGUUCGUACUCCUGGAUCAAGUGCUGACAUUGAACCAUUUAUCAUUAGUAAUAUCAUCGGCCAUCGAACUCAAAGCUCAUACUUGGUAUACUCAGGAUCAUUAACUACGCCACCUUGUACCGAAAAUGUACUGUGGUUGCUGAGUUCUACAACUCUUUUCAUCAACAGAGAAUUGAUUGAAUUUUUUCGAUCGACAGCUGAAUUUGAUUAUGGCGAUGGUCAUAAUAAUCGCCCUCCUCAACCACUAAAUGGCCGCAAUUUGACUUUUAUACAGGGAUUUGGAGAUGCUGUUAUAUAAUAUAAUUGCAUGGAUGCUUAACGAAUUCAAUUGAAGGAAUCUUAUAAAUAUAUGUUAAACAUUGAAUUUAAUUAUUAAUUGAAAAUACUAAAAUCAUUAUGUAUCAUUUAUGUUUUGAUUAUUGAUAUGAUUUACACAA